CCACCUUCUACUUUUGCUACCGACGUCGACGGGUAUCGUCGGCCGCAGUUAGACCGAGUCCGCUCGCGCAUUCGCAUUAAUUUCCAAUCCCGCGGUGCUCUCCGCCGCCUUUUGCGUCUCACAACCCCGUGUAUACCGCGCGCGAGAGCGAACCGAGCCCGGGUCCUUUGACGAUCGAACCCCGGGACGACGUCUGAUCGAGGAGCUGCCAGGGGUUGCGGAGUUUUCGGUGCGAGGGUGUCGCGAGGGUGACGCGCGAAGAAAUGCCCGCCAGUUCGAGUCUACGUAGCGCGAAAACUUCCGGGUCGAGAGAGAGAAGCGCUUGAAAACUUGGUGCUCGUACGAAUCGUUUCUUCUUCCUUCUUCUUCCUUCUUCUUCGUCAUCAUCAUCUUCAGCUUCUUCUUCUACUUCUUCUUCUUCUUCUUCUUCUUCUUGUUUUCCCUCUUUUUUUCGUUUUUCGAUUUCGAAACGAAGGAAGGAAACGGAAUAGAAAGGAGGCCAACUGGUGCUGACAUUCGCGGCAGGCUUGCUUCAGGAUACCGGGGAAUACGUUGCGCUCCCACGUUCCACGGCGACCGCACGGAGAAGAAACCGCCAGUGUGUUGAUGUGCAGUGAUCACGAAAUUGGUGUGCACUGGUAUUACACCGGAAGUAAGGUCUUUUAACGCGAACAAAUUUACCGAGUGGAGAGAAGAUCAUACGAUUACAUCGAGCAACUUCACCCUCGCUUCGCUGUAGAACGUUCCUGAUUCCAUUCGUGGCCGUUUCCUUUGUCUUUUUCACGCGUUGCUCGUGCGUGUCAGUGCUACUUUCGAUCCUUGUUGUCACCGUGAUGAUACAGAAGAUCUCGACGGUUACAACGAUGGAAAAAUGAAGACUCUGGAAGAUCGUGCAUUCGAUCAACGCACCACCGCUCAUUUCAACCAUAAAUGACCGAUGUGACGCAGCCCAUCAGGAAUAUUUUUAUGCAAAAUGAUUCGUGCCCUUGUCCUUCUGUGCAUGGCCGUUCUACCUGUUGUACGAUGCCACAAGAUCCACGAACACAUGACAAGGGAAGAGAUGUUAUCGGUGUUUCACACGGGACACGAGUCUGUGCCAGCGUACGAAGUUGUGCCUGUGUUGCAUUCGGUACUCAAGAGAAGUACGGAGAAGCCGGAGAUACACCUGAAGGCCUUCGGAAAGGACAUCGGUCUGUCGCUGAAGCUCACGGAAGGGUUGUUGACAGCGAACUUGCCGAUGUGGGUUGUCACGAAGAAUACGUCGCAACCUGACGGCCUUCAUUACGAGAAAGUGACAACUGCCGACACAGAUAUCGGUGACAUCUAUCAAGAUACGACGAACAUGGCGUCCAUUCUACUGCAUCGGGACGCGAAUGGGAAAGUGCUCGUUGAUGGGAACAUCGGUUCAGAAUUAGUGAUUAGACCACUGCCAGAUCGUGUACUGCACGAAGUAGUGAAUAGGAUACCGACUCUUCAACGGGUCGAGUUGUUACCAAACGUGACACGAAGUAAAGAAAAGUUGAAGCACACCAGUCAUCAUGUGGUCUUCAAGAAAGUGCCCAAACCUAAUUACGAUGAGUACAGCGAUUUCACGCUGAUGGAACCUGAUCAUUUACCUAAGAGGUAUAGAUCGAGGCGAUCGAUCAACAGUAGAGUAAAAAGAGAAGCACCAUACGUAAUUUAUCCGGAAAUCCUUUGUAUCGUGGAUUAUGAUGGAUAUAGGUUACAUGGCGGUGAUAAUGUACAGAUUAAAAGGUACUUCGUGUCUUUCUGGAAUGGGGUAGAUUUAAGGUACAAGCUGCUGAAGGGGCCAAAGAUUCGUAUCAGUAUCGCAGGAAUUAUUAUUUCACGAGGAAGGGAUGCGACACCGUAUUUAGAAAGGAAUCGCGUGGGACGAGACGCGAUCGAUUCGGCGGCUGCAUUGACCGAUAUGGGCAAAUAUCUUUUCCGGGAGAGAAGACUUCCGGUUUACGACAUAGCUGUCGCCGUCACGAAAUUAGAUAUGUGCAGGAGGCAAUACGCGAAUGACGUGUGCAAUAGAGGAACCGCAGGUUUUGCGUACGUGGGUGGCGCCUGUGUUGUAAAUAAGCGUCUGGAAAAAGUGAAUUCGGUCGCUAUCAUCGAGGAUACUGGCGGAUUUAGUGGAAUUAUUGUUGCUGCCCACGAAGUCGGUCAUUUGCUAGGUGCGGUUCACGAUGGAUCACCACCGCCCAGUUAUCUCGGGGGACCUGGAGCAGAAAAAUGUCGCUGGGAAGAUGGCUAUAUCAUGAGUGAUCUUAGACACACAGAGAAAGGCUUCAAAUGGUCUCACUGUAGCGUAUCGUCGUUUCAUCAUUUUUUAAAUGGCGAUACAGCAACGUGUUUAUAUAAUGCUCCCCACGAAGACGAAGCACUUCCUAGAGUUCUACCCGGAAAAUUGCUCUCGUUAGACGCGCAGUGUCGAAAAGACCGUGGAACUAGUGCUUGUUUCAAAGAUGAUAGAGUUUGUGCACAGCUCUUUUGUUUUGAUGCUGGUUCGGGUUAUUGCGUGGCAUAUCGACCAGCAGCCGAGGGAUCUCCUUGCGGAGAUGGUCAGUACUGCCUGAAUGGAAAGUGCGUGGCUGAACACGAAAACAUUAUACCAGAUUACACACAGAAUAUUCCGACGUAUGUACGCCGGGACGGCACUUAUAAUCCCACUGCCCACAAUCGGCCUCUAUUCGCUCAAUACAACAACACAGAAUACAGGUAUCCAUGGGACUCGACAACACACAGCGCGCUACUAUCGAAAUUUAAACAAUCGUCACCGUUGUCGAAUCUUUUCCCGUCGUCGUCGUCGUCGUUGUCGACGAAUACUCCUUACAAACGCGCCACACCAUUCGCAACAACCCCGGCGACCAAAUACACGUACACAACUGCCAAUUAUUUAUACACCAACAAAUACAAGACUAAAGUAAAUAAUAACCUCGAUAAUAAUAGUAAGAACAAAUACGGUAGCACCACUACCAGGAGGUAUUCGUCGAAUCACGUGAACUCGUAUUACACAGUUAGCCCUCUCUCGAAAGUAACCAACGAAUUAAGUUACCCGAAAAUUAGCCCGUUCAAACAUAAAAGUACCGUGAGCAUGAUGUCGUUUCCGGCAACAACCAAAGGAGAUCAGAAUGGGCUACAAACCAGUGGUCGGGAACCAGAGGACGAUGAGUGCACGGACGUGGGGUCAGAUUGCGCGGAGCUGAUUGAGAAGCUGAGAACAUGGCUGUGCCAUUUGCAAUCUGUGAAAAAACGCUGCUGCGCGUCCAUAAAGGCGAUUUGCUCCGCCUGAUUCAACAGACGAGGAGAACGAUAAAAAUUGAUUAGAACGUCGCGGUGGCGCAGUCGUCUACGCAACCGACAGACAAAAUCGGCGAGCACUCGGCAAACAAUUCAGCUCAUCAAUCGAGUAGAAACCUCGACUGAACAGGACUAGAUCGUGUCCUCGGUGUCGGAACGUGUCUUCCGAACGACUCUCCGAAGUCCUGAACGCUCCGGCGGCCCCGGCUGCGCAUCGAAGUGCAAUCCCCUCGAUUAAGUAGAUACAUAUAACUGUGUUACCCCAGAUAUAAUUUCAUUCUUUCUUUUUUUACGGUAGUACCGCAGGAGCUUUGUACAGAGAACGGGUGUUACGAAUUCGACCAUUAAGAGAACUAUUUCGAUCGACACUGCAUUUGGUAUUCAGACGCAUAUUUAUUCGAUCGCACGCGAUCGCGCGGGUCACCCUUUGUGUCGCGAUAUAGAAGUAUUUCAUUGUAUAUGCGCGUUCGUGUGCGCGAGUACGAGAAGAGCUUUCCUAAAUCAUGAAAAUUGUA